AUGGGAGAUUUAUACACAAAAGCUGAAAAUGGAGGAGUAAAUGGACAUACCAAAACAGACGAAUCACCUCCUGCUGCUCACAGUGUUGACUCAUGCUGCAGAUCUUUGCUGAAAAGACUGAAGCUCUGGGUACCUGCUGACUACAAGAAUGAAACAGUUCGAUUCCUAAAACUGGCAGGACCAGUGGUAAGAUUGUACGCAGACGUGACAGCCGAAAAGAAUCUAAUCUGAAUCCACAAACAAAGUGAUUAAGCGUGACUCAUGUAAGAGUAGUAUGAUUUCUGUGCAGAGGACAGAAAAAAGAUCAAUUUGCGAAUCAGGGAGGAAGGAUCGGUGAUUGAUCUGACCUCAGACUGAAACAAAGUGAUUGUGAAGCAGUGGAAAGGAUCAUUUUGUUCUAUGUUUGAAGUGUGCCAAAGUUCUUCACCCUCGUGAGUGGACAAGUUGUAAAAUUGUUCUUAUGAUAGGCCCAAAGCACUGGUCAUAUAUUCUGUGUAAGUUUCUGCUGCAGGGCUGUAGCUCCAGUUACAGGCAGAUCCCAUACUGUACCAUGAUGCCAAACUACCUGGUUGGAAACAAGCACAGAUGACCAAUGGCUUCAUGUAGAGGGACCAUUGAUUGGCAUAUUCAAGAAAAUGAAUGACCACAUUUAGAAAAGAUUUUUUUUUUCUUGGCUGCAGAGAUCAAAAUGUCUCAGGAAUAAUGUAUGAAUAUUUUCCAAAUGACGUGGUUCACUUUUGAUGUUCGUUAAGUUAGAGCAAAUAUCAAAGCAGCUCAGAGGACUUUUUUGUUAUUUAGCAUCAAAAAUGAGGUCUGAACAGCACACAGUUGACCUCAUCUGCUUUUUUACAAUUUUAUCAUUUUUUGACCAUUUAGUGAUCGUAAACUGUAAAUGUCCAAUGACACUUUUGAUCUGAAAAUGUAACAGAUGCUUGUGACUAAAUUUCACCUGCCGAAAUGAUCCCAAGAGCCACUGAGGUGUACAAUAGCCAGGUAUACAGUUAACGCAUCCUCUGUGCCGUGUAAAUAAAACAGUUAGUCCAAGUCAUAUUUUCCUUGUUUAUUCUUCCUUUGUUAAAAAACAAAAAACAAAUGUAAAAUAAAGACAAAGGCAAAUUCCAACAAAUGGCGAUGACUUUGAUGAUGGUCAAAAAACUGUUUGCCUCUCCAGCUACCAACACACUUGCCACUAAUUGCGUUUCUUCUUUUUAUAGCAAACAAAACUCAGGACUUCACACCGCCUGGUGUGGCACCAGGACAAUUACAAAUGAAAUAGGAAAUAGGUACAAAACACAAACCCAAAGAAAAUACAACAAAUGGCUCUAACAAUGCUACUUGAAUUCUUUGAGAAAAACAUAUUUUAACAGUACUGCUUAACAAUUUUUUAAAUAUUUUAAGACAAAACAGUUGCAUAUAUUCCAUAAGCCAAAAAUGGAGGUAAAAACGAUGGUGUCUCAUUUAAAAGAAAUUAGUUUUCUGAGGUGUACCCAUUUUCCGCCAACUCCCAUUCAUUGCACAAACCUAAGACUUGAUGGACGCAGACUUUUAGUUGCCUUUUGUGUAAACCUUUUGAUGCCAAAGGCUGUCAAAAACCUACACCGGCAAUCACUAGAGCUAUUUUCUACAAAAAAGAGAGGUAGUAAAAGAGGUUUAGAAACACAAAGGAGCUGCAGCAAACCCAAAGCAGAGCACGUCGGCUGCCAGAGCAAAGAACAACUCUUUCAUGUCUGGGGGGCCCUCUGAAAUCGUCUCAAUGCUUGCUUCAUGUUCAGCAAAAUUUGUUUGUGUCUUCAGAGUUUCUGAAAAGGAGUGAGCUCUGUUUUGUUUUUCAGUUUAUUUCACAGUUAAUGAGCUUCCUGAUCGGCUUUGUCAGCAUGGUGUUCUGUGGUCACCUGGGGAAAACGGAGCUGGCAGGUGUAGCGUUAGCAAUAGCGGUACAAUUCUCUUUUUGUCUUCACUGGCAUUUCAUUCUCAGAUUACUGACUUUUUCUCUCACAGCACUGCUCAUGAAUUCAUUAUUAUUUAAGUCAGGGUGAAUCUGACUAACUGUUGUGGUGCUUUUCAUUGCAGGUAAUAAAUGUCACAGGAAUUUCAAUUGGCUGUGGUUUGGCAUCAGCAUGCGACACUCUAAUAUCUCAGGUAUUCAAUUCAUCUUCUCCUUAUAACCAAAAACAAGUUGUGCUCAUUGUAUGUUUAGUCUGAUGUUUAAAGGGAUAUUCCGGCGUAAAAUUAACUUAGGGUCAAAUACACCAUAACACCGAGUUAGACACCCCCUUGAGAGAUGAAUGUUGCUGACCGCUUGCUUCUCUAGUUAUAACAACUUUAGUAACAACCGCACGCUAGCAAUACACAGCGGUCUCAGGAGCCACACACAAACCUCAAUCAAAACGCCACAAAUAAUGUUCAGAACAGCACCUAACUUCAUCAACAGUACAUAUAGGGUCCCAGCCACAGCACUAGCCACCAAACAUCUUUUUAACUUUGCCUAAUUUCUUUAGCAUAAAGACUAAACACAACUCACCUACUCUCUUCCAGCAGCCGCUUGUUUGUAGCGAGUCCUCGGGCCAGUCCAUCAUUAUUAUUAUUUCAUCAUUAUUUCUGUAUAAUUUCCUUGGAGUAAUAAUCACCAUAUUAAUCAUUUUGCACUGCAGACGCAGUAGUUCUUCUGCCUUAGUGUCUUGUCUCGGUCUGUUUGCAUUUCCAUGAAGAUAUGAUCAUAAGUGUUCUUCCUUGAGCUGCGUCACCCCACCGUAGUCUGUGAUGGACUGGCCCGAGGUCUCGCUACAAACAAGCGGCUGCUGUAAGAGAGUAGGUGAGUUGUGUUGAGUCUCUUUGCUAAAGAAAUUAGGCAAAAUUAAAAAGAUUUUUGGUGGCUAGUGCUAUGGCUGGGACCCUAUAUGUACUGUUGAUGAAGUUAGGUGCUGUUCUGAUCAUUAUUUGUGGCUUUUUUGGUUGAGGUUUGUUUAUGGCUCCCCAGACCGCUGUGUAUUGAUAUCAUGGUUGUUACUAAAGUUGGUAUAACUAGAGAAGCAAGCGGUCAGCAACAUUCAUCUCUCGAGGGGGUGUCUAACUCAGUGUUACGGUGCGUUUGACCCUGAAUUAAGUUUAUGCCGGAAUAUCCCUUUAACCUCUUUUUACAACAGAGUAUCUUUAUUUUAUUUUCCUGUAGACUUUUGGGAGUGGGAACUUCAAACGUGUGGGAGUGAUACUCCAAAGGGGGGUUUUGAUCCUGCUCUUAGCCUGCUUCCCGUGCUGGGCGGUCCUCAUUAACACUCAGCCCAUUUUGCUUGCUAUCAGGCAGAGUGCAGAGGUCGCCAGGUGAGCUAUUCACACUUUGAAAACAGAAUGUUUAAAGCUUAAUAAACCGUUGUGACGUUAUCCACCUCAAUAAGCGGUUCAUAUUUCUGUAUUCUUGAUUCUUUGUGUGGCAAAGACUCUCCCAGCUGUAUGUGAAGAUCUUUAUGCCCGCCCUACCAGUAAGUUCAGCUUCCUCAAUGACUUUACAAAUGACGCUUUUGCGCUUGUAUCCAUAUAAACUGUACUGAAUGGUAGUUUUAUUACAUUAUUGAUCUAAUUAGCUCUAUUCAUUGCCUUGUGUCGGGUUUCGCAGGCUGCCUUCAUGUACCAGCUGCAGGGGAGGUAUCUCCAGAAUCAGGUGCGUUUAAUGACGGGUGUGAAACAGCUAUUUAUGAAUGAAAAUCUGUCUGGAACAAGUGUUUUUUUUUUUCUAGCCCCCCAUGGGGAGACCCAGAGAGUAACAAACAGCAGCUGCACUUGAAUGGUUUGUUUUUUUACAUGCAGUUUGCUUUGGCUCACAGGGAAUCAUAUGGCCUCAGGUGAUCUGUGGAGCUGUGGGGAAUGUUUUAAACGCAAUCAUCAACUACGUCUUCCUCAACCUCCUCGAUUUAGGGGUUACGUGAGUAUUCAUAAAAACUCAUAUCCUACUUUGACCUGAGUGAAAGUUAUCUUUAAAUGAGUAACUGGCGAUAACUAUGUGAUUUGACUUGUUUUUAUUCAUUUCUGGAAUUUAAUCACCGUGACACCCUUGCAGAGGAUCAGCAGCUGCCAAUGCUAUCUCUCAGUACUCCUUGUCUGUGUUCUUGCUGGUGUAUAUCUGUGCCAGGGGACUGCAUAAAGCCACGUGGGAUGGUGAGUAAAGGUGGUAGAAGUAGAUACUAAGAUAUUUAGACCAUUACUUCCCCUUUGGUGUCUGUAGAGAUUAUUUAUUUUUCUAAUUUGUUUCAGAGGUUUCUCUUUAUUCUUAUGUUUUAAUUUUUGCUUUUUAUUUUCAGCUGACUUGUCUGUGACCUUACAAAAUGACUCAUGGUUUCAAUAUAACACUGUUUCAUCUCAAAUUAUUUUGCAAUUUAUAGAAACGGUUCAGGAAGCAUUUCUCUGCAUAAUAAACUACUUACAUUUUGGAGUACUUGAACAAUAUCACUAAUCAAACUUUUUGUCUAGACCAUAGACUGUAUGUUGAAUGGACGCUCUCUGCCUCCUUGCUGGGUGAAGCCAUUCCAAGAACAGCACCCUCUGGUGGCGGGCUGCAGUAUAGGUCAUAAAUCCCACCUCCACCAGCAAUCCAAACUUUAGAAAUUUAUUACACGGAAUAUCAUUUUUUCUCCCCCCAGCUUACGAUGUUGAUAUGUAGUUACUUUAAGACUGGUUUGUGCUCAAGUCCUCUUUUUUCUGUGAAGCUCCGUUUUGUAAAAGUUAUUAGGGGGUUCAUGUUUUCUAUGAUUGACACUUGAUACAGCCUGUGGGUGUACAAAGAUUACGUAGCUAACCCGGGGGAUACGCUGUUUGAGCCGAGCGACUCUCGGUGACUCUCCCGCCAAAUGUGUACAUUGCUGCUGCGCAAUGUUGGUUUUUUGAAGUGGAGAAAAAAUGCGGAAUUACCGAGAGCUUUUCGGCUUCAGAUCUGUAUACUGGUGGAAGGCGGAACAAAGUUUUCCAUAGUAUAUACAGUCUAUGGUCUAGAGUGCAUCGAGUACACUUACUACUGCACUCGAUGGAAAGACACUCACUACUUUUGCGAACAAUUACAGAAAACUACAUGAUAACUUGAAAGUAAAUGUGUGAAUUUGUCUCUGUAAUCGUGUUGGCAUGCUUUGAAAAAGCAUUCAGCUCAAAAGCAGUCCCAAAAAAACCUGUCUGUAAACUCUUCAUCAAUCAGUAAUGCAGGAAAGACUUUCACUUAUUCCUUGGGUCAAUUAUUAGACAGCACAGUGAUAUGGCAGGGUAACAUGCGUGUCUGUUGCUAUAAUGUGUAAAUAUGCACUUCACUUUUGUAUCUUUGAUCUUAUAGGUUGGUCAACAGAAUGUCUGCAGGAGUGGGGUCCUUUCCUCCACCUGGCCCUCCCCAGCAUGCUGAUGCAUUGUCUGGAGUGGUGGCUUUAUGAGAUCGCAGGGUUUCUGGCAGGACUCAUCAGUGAGGUGGAGUUAGGAGCUCAGUCUAUAGUUUAUGAAGUGGCUGCUAUCGCUUACAUGGUAACUCCUGACUUUGUGUCCUUUAGCUGUAUCAGUUUGAUACCUUUGGCUUUGUUUCUCAUAUACUGGUUAUGUUUUUAUGUGAAAAUCUGAUUGUGUUAGGAGUCCCACUACAGAGAGUAUGUAAUGGGAUUAAUGUCAUCACCCUUCCUUGUAGUUUCCUAUGGGUUUCGCUGUUGCUGCUAGUGUUCGUGUUGGAAAUGCUCUUGGUGCUGGAGACAAAGAGCGGGCCAAGCUGUCCAGCAAGGUCUCCUUCAUCUGUACACGUAAGAAUAAAGACGUAAAGUGGCAGAUGAUUAAAUACAGGUGGUCAUGACCAUUUUCUUUGAGUCCUUAGAUAUACUCUGAACUAUGCUCCAAACUUUUCACAUGUCAUUUAGCACUUUAUAAUUAUCAGUUAUUUAUACUUACCACCAUUUUCUUAAAUUAUCAUGUUUCUUUGGGCCAUUCUAGUGACUGUCUCAUGUUUUAUCGGAGUUUGUCUCGGUGUCUCUAAGGAUGUGAUCGGCUACAUUUUCACCACAGAGAGGUAAGCACAGAUUUGAAAUGAUUCAAAGGUUUUUGCUGCUUUGCUUUAAUUAUAAUGAUAAAUAGGCAGACCUUUGUACAGAAAGAACAGAAAGCACAUCCAUGGUCAAUGUUUGAUUCGUCAUGUUUUAUUCAUCUCUCCGAGUCUUAAAAAGCAAAUGUUUUAUUGAGCAUGCAAUUAAAACCUUAUCUUUAUUCCAGGGACAUCAUCCAGAGGGUGGCUGAUAUUAUGAAGAUUUACUGUUUUAUUCACGUUGCUGAUGCAUUUGCGGUGAGAGCACUUGCUGUACAAGUGACUUUGUCUGUCUUAUAAGCAAAAGAAGUCUGAUAUGCUGGAUCAAGCUUAAAGGGAUAUUCCAGUGUAAAAUUAAGUUAGGGUCAAACACACUGUAAGACUGAGUUAGACACCCCAUCAAGAGAUGAAUGUUGCUGACUGCUUGCUUCUCCAGUUAUUGCAACUUUAGUAAGGACCGUACGAUAGCAAUACACAGCAGUCUGAGGAGCCAUAAACAAACCUCAAGCAAACCUUUUUAAUCAUUUCUUUAUCAUUUCCUUGAAGUAAUAAUCAUCAUAUUAAUCAUUUUGCACUGCAGACGCGGUAGUUCUUCUGCCUUAGCGUCUCAGUCUGAUUACAUUUCCAUGAAGAAAUGAUCAUAAAUGUUCUUCCUUGAGCUGCAACACCCCGCAACAGUCCGUGAUGGACUGGCCUGAGUUGUGUUUAGUCUCUUAGCUGAAGAAAUUUGUCAAAGCUAAAAAGAUGUUUGGUGGCUAGUGCUGUGGUUAAGACCCUAUAUGUACUGUUGAUGAAGUUAGGUGCUGUUCUGAGUAUUAUUUGUGACUAUAGUGUGGCUUUUUGGUUGAGGUUUGCUCGUGGCUCCUGAGACCGCUGUGUAAUGCUAUCGUGUGGUUGGUACUUAAGUUGUUAUAACUUCAGCAACAUUCAUCUCUCAAGGGGGUGUCUAACUUGGUGUUACGGUGUGUUUGACCCUAAAUUAAUUCUACGCCAAAAUAUCCCUUUAAUUGUCUUUUUUCCUCCACAGGGUGUAACAGGAGGAAUCGUCAGAGGGACAGGGAAGCAGAUGAUUGGGGCUGUAUGCAACUUGGUGGGGUUUUAUGUCAUUGGGCUCCCCAUUGGAGCAUCCUUGAUGUUCCCUCUCAAAAUGGGCAUAAAAGGUGAGAAGUGAUCAAAUUUAUGAUGAAUUUGUUUAUAUUCCUACUAAAUCUGAUAGUCUUUCCCUUUACAAUAUCUCUCUCAGGGCUGUGGUUGGGCCUUUUGAUUUCUGUUGUGGUGCAGUCCGUAUUUUUUACAGUUUUUUUGUGUAAAUUAAACUGGAAAAAAGCCACAGAGGAGGUGAGGAAACCUGUUAAGUGUAUUAGUGAAAUGAUGAAAAACUUUAAACUUUACCUGAGCAGUUUCUAUAUUGAAGCUUGCAUCUGAAACCAGUUUUGAGGAGUGUGUUUCUGUGUCACAUGCUGUAAAACAUUUUGGAAAGGAUGAUUCAGUUCUUGUUUUACACUUUUACAUAGGCACUGGUGAGAGCAGGGGUCCAUGUGAAGGAGAAAAUUGACGUCUUCAGGAUAGAAGACAAAGGUAAAAAUCAAAUACAUCUGUUAGUUUGCCUACACGAAACUACACGACUCAUGUUAACCGUGUGUUUAAACUCACCCCACAGCCCUGGACUCUGAUGGACAACAGACCCAUGUGGUGAUCAGUCAAUCCAGUCCAGUCAAGGAGAAGCCGGGAGCGCUGGGUACAGGUCAGCAGACAUCAGAUGACGCAGCGCUAUCAGUCAGGCAGCUGGUGGUGCGACGUGGGCUCACUGUGCUGCUCAUGCUCGUCAUCCUCGCUGCUGGAGUCUUCAUCAGCGAGCUGCUUAUCAGGCUGCUGGAAUAA